GUGUCCAAAAUGAGUAAAAUGAACACUGAAGACAAUCGAAGUGCCGGUUCGGUCCCUAAUACUAAAAUUAAACCUAGAUAUCAAAUUGAGUUUGGAAAAAAUCUGACAAAAGUAUCAUUUUCAACAGCUGAUAAAGCAACACGGAGAGUUAUUGCACCAUUUGUUAAAGUGAUUAAAAAGGGGCAAAAAUUUAAAACGGUCGAAGAAGAUAAACAUUUUACUUUUUACUUAGGAAGAAAACCGAGUGUAUUAAUGCAACGAAUGUAUGAUUAUUUAAACGACAGUGUGGAAUUAACUUCUUUACUCCACGAAUCUAUUGAUGUUCUAAAAAAUGUUACCAAUGCAACGGGUGUUAUCUUAUACAUGGUUGAUGCAAACUCCGGCGAAAUGAUUCAAACUUGUAGACAUCAAUCUGGUGAACGAGAAAGAGCUAAGUGGAACAUUUAUAAGAGUAAAACUGUUGCUGCAUAUGUUGCUUUAAAUAAAGAAUAUGUAAUGGUGGACGAUGUUUGGGAGGAUCUUCGUUUUACUGAGGGUGCUGGUUGGAAAGGUCCCACAGUAAAAUCAGUAUUAUGUGUUCCGGUUGUAACACCAGAAAAUGUAUGCCUGGCAGUUAUUGAAUUAUAUAAAGAUGCAUCAAUGCCACCAUUUGUAAAAAAUGAUUUGAAAAUUGUUGUGGUAACAGUUGGAUGGAUGGGCGCGGCUAUUGAUCAGAAUUCACUGCGUUUAUCUCUUAAAAAACAACAAAAACUCAAUGAAUAUUUAUUGAAUUUAACCAAAUGCUUUUUUAACGAUACUGCAUUAGAAAAUGAACUUUUAUCGGAAAUAGCGAAAGUGGCUAAAAAUACACUAGAAGCAGAACGAAGUACAUUUUACAUCCUUAACAGAGAGAAUGGAGAUAUUACUGCGGAUGUUUAUGAAGAUGGGAUUCAACUUACCGAGAAAAACCCUAAACUUUUAAUGUAUAAAAAGAAACAAACAGUGAGUUUGGCAAAGGAUACAAGUAUUGCUGGAAUAGUUGCAAAAACUGGUAAAACACUAAAUAUUUUAGAUGCGUAUAAUGAUCCAAAAUUUCCAAAGGAAUAUCAAUCAGAAUCAGCGAAUAUAAACCGAUCAGUAUUAUGUAUGCCAAUUGUGGGUGUUACAGAAGCUUUAGGUGUGAUACAAGUAUCAAAUAAAAUCGGUGCAGCUAAAUUCACUGAAUCCGAUGAAAUUUUAUUAAAUACUUUUGCAACUUAUUCUUCAUUGGUUUUAUAUUAUUCUCAAUUACACCGUAAAAUGUUUUCAAAGGAAAAAACUAACGUAAUUCUAAGUAAUAUGAUACAGUAUCAUUUGCGACCAUGUGAUUUACAUAUCCAAAAAUUCAAAUCGAAAACGAUCACAGAAAAAGAUUUACCACCUCAAUUUCUUUCGUAUGACUAUUAUAUAACUCCCGAAUAUGAAGAUGUAAUGCCACAACUUGUUUUAUACAUGAUACAACAAAGUGUUGGUUACCCGUAUAUAAAUGUUGACAAUAUGAUUGAAGUGAUAUUAACGAUACAAAAAUCAUAUUUGAACACUAAUCCCUAUCAUAAUUUUACCCAUGCUUUUCACGCUUGUCAUUGCAUGCAUUUAAUAUUAUGUGAAAAUGCUGAUGUGUUUACAUUAAUAGAGCGUGAAGCAUUAAUUAUUGCGGCAUUAAGUCACGAUGUUGAUCAUCAAGGCUGGACAAAUAACUUUUUAAGGUUUAUAAAUAGUCCUAUUGCUGAAUUGUAUGAAGAUUCUUCAUUAGAAUACCAUCAUUAUGACGUGACGAUUGAAAUCCUUGGUAAAGCUAAGUGUUUUACAAAUAUAGAUUCCAGUGAAUUCAUACAGUUAUGUAAAGAAAUUAAGCAAGCCAUAUUAGCAACAGAUUUAGCAAAUUAUUUUCGUCAACGACAUAUACUUUUGAGUAUUGUUACUGGAAAUGAAUUCGAUUGGCAAAAUUUACAGCAUAAAAAUAUGUUAAAACAAUUAAUGAUGACUGCAUGUGAUUUAUGUGGGCAAUGUAAGCCGUAUCCUAUUGCUAAAAAGGUUACUGAUGAUUUGUACAGAGAAUUUUAUCGGCAGGGUGAUAUUGAAAAAGAAUUGGGAAUAAUUCCAUUAUCAAUGAUGGAUAGAGACAAAGCAUUUUUAAUCCCAGAAGACCAAUCAAAAUUUUUAUCUGUUGUAGUCAUUCCAUGUGUUGAAUUAUUAGCUGCAAUUUUACCGACUACGUCGAAUUUAGUUGAAAAAUGCCAUGAAAUGCUUGAAAAUUGGCAAGAUGUAAUAGAAACUCGCGACAAACAAGUCUGGGUACCUGAAGAAUCUCACAGCAGUAACAAACAAUCUACAGAAUGA